AUGAAAAGUUUAAAUUAUCGAUUUCCUCAUUCAAGAUAAGAUUCUGGUUAAAUGAACUUAACAAGAUCUUAAUUGGGAUAAGCCUAGUAAGUGACGAAUGUAUUAAAUAAGUAAGAAAGUGAUGUGAAUGUUAAGCCGACAGAAUGAAUAAAAUAUUGAUAGAUCACCAGCUCCAAUGGUUCAUGGUUUGCAUAAGUUGGCAGUACCUUCAAGUUAACAAUCAUCAGCCAAUCAUUCAAAAAAAUCAUCGAUCUCUAAGUAGCAAUAGCCUAAAUAGAUAUCAUUUCUUAACUACUUGAUCUUGAAAGAUAAAUCUCAAAUAGUUUAAGAUGAGGAGAAAGAAAGUUGAAUAUAAAAUAUGAAAUUAGAUAUAACUGAACCAAUAGUUUAAAAGAAUAUGUUCAAUUUUCAAUUUGUAAUUGGAAUAGGAGGAUUUGGAAAGGUAUGGAAAGUGGAAUACAAAAAAAAUGGAUAAAUUUAUGCAAUGAAAGAGAUGUCAAAAGCACUGUAUUGAUUAUAUCAUAAUGAUUAAGUAUAAUAGCCAAAAAAAGUGUAAAUUCUGUUAUGAAUGAGAGAAAUAUCUUGAGCAAUCUUAAACAUCCGUAAAUAGUGCAUUAAAUAUAGAUUUUUAGUUAAUAUUUACUAUGCAUUUUAAGACAGAGAGAAUUUAUUCCUUGUUUUAGAUUACAUGUAAGGAGGAGAUUUGAGAUAUCAUGUAGGAAAAAUGAGAAGAUUCACUGAAGAUCAGACAAGUAUUUAAUUAUUAUAUGUAGGAUUCUUCAUGGCUUGUAUCUUCUUAGGAUUGGAAUAUAUGCAUUCCAAAAACAGUUUACAUAGAGAUAUUAAACCAGAGAAUUUAGUACUUGAUAAAUAUGGUAGAAUUCAUAAAAUAUAAUUUUAGGUUACGUCAGAAUAACAGAUUUAGGAAUUGCUCGAAAUCUUAGACCUGAUAAUUCAUAAGAUACUUCAGGCACUCCUGGUUAUAUGGGUAUAUAUAUAAUCUUAAAUUUUUAGCUCCAGAAGUUAUGUGUAGAUAAAAUCACUCUUUUGCAGUAGAUUAUUUUGCUUUAGGAGUUAUUGGAUAUGAAUUUAUGUUGGGGAAGGUAAUCAUUAAUUGAAAUUUAAUUAGCGACCAUAUACAGGUAGAUCAAGAAAAGAAAUAAGAGAUUAAAUUCUGGCUAAACAAGUUCAAAUCAAAAGAUCAGAGAUUCCAGAUAAUUGGUCUUUAGAAUCAGCAGAUUUUAUUAAUAGAGUAUUAUUUAUUAUAAUUAAAAUAGUUGAUAUAAAGAAAACCAGCAAAUAGAUUAGGUUUUAAUGGACCUCAUGAAUUAAGAUAACAUUCAUGGUUUAAGAAUUUUCCAUGGUCAAAAUUAAUGAAUAAAGAAUUAAAAUCACCUUACAUUCCUAAUGUAAUUAUAUAUAAAUAUUAAUUUAAUAUUAGUAAAAUGAAGAUAAUUUUGAUGCUCGUUAGAUAUCUAUGGAAGAUGAUGAAAAUAAUGAAUUAAUAUAAUAGCAUUCAAUCAUGUUAAGAAGAAAUUCGAUUUAAUGUAAGUUAUAUAUUAUUAAUAUAUAUUAGCCUAAUUUUCUGGAUAUGAGAUGGAUAAUUUUAGUGAGAAACAAAAUACAUAGUUCAACAAUUUUUGA